UGUAUUACUUUUGAGUCUAGUUCCAGUGAAUCUGCUGAUGGGUGCGAAAAUGUUGGAGAACUCCAGGAACAGUUCCUGUCCUUACGAUACCAUCCCGAAAUUGUGAGCCGAGUCUACGAAACUUGGAAUCUGUUAGCUUAAUGUUUUAUUAGAAGGUGGACGCUUUGGACACUGGAGUGUCAGCGUACGUUAUCAUUUAAACCCACAGCCCUGAGUCAGUGCCAACACUCGGCCAGUGAUUUAAACAACAGUUUGUUCUCCGUCAUGACGGCUUCGCACGAUUCUCUGGUGGUUUUGUUUGGGGCAACAGCUGGUGCAAAUGGGGCUAAACUUGGUUCGGAUGAAAGGGAACUAGUUCUCUUGGUGUGGCAAGUUGUGGAUCUACACAACAAGAAGGUGGGAGAAGUCCAUAAAGUGCUGGUGAAAGCCGACAGCCUAGAGUUAAGCGAGCAGUGUAAAGAAGAGGUCAGCGUUAGCCUGGAGGAGAUCGCCAAGGCGGAGCGGCUCGAUCAAGUCCUGGAACAGUUCAGCCAGGUUUUAUCGAGUGAGUUGAAAGCACUUGGGAGGAGUUCAUAUUGUCUUUGUACUGAUGGCCAAUUACUCAUUCGCCAGGUCCUACACCCAGAAGCAUCCAAAAAGAAUUUGGUGCUUCCAGACUGUUUCUACUCGUUUUAUGACCUGCAGAAGGAAUUUCACAAAUGCUGUCCAAACGCAGCCUCCAUAAACUCCAUCAGUUCAAUGGCCGAAUACUUGGAAUUGAGAACAGAUAAUACAGCCAAUGAAUAUGGUGUAUUUGAAGUUAUUACCAUGGGUGCAGUUAUUUUAAGUUUAAUAAGCGAACCUUACAAUUAUGUGUUCAAAAACUUUGAAACUGUCAAGUACAAAUUUGAAACAGGUCCCUGUAGCAAGGCUGAAGGAGUAAAUGGUGAAACUGUCAUUAGAGCAAGAGGUCUACCGUGGCAGUCGUCUGACCAAGAUAUUGCAAGAUUUUUUAAAGGACUAAACAUAGCCAAAGGAGGAGUGGCACUGUGCCUCAAUUCCCAAGGAAGAAGAAAUGGCGAAGCACUUGUCAGGUUCAUCAAUCCCGAACAUCGGGAUCUCGCGCUUGAGAGGCACAAACACCACAUGGGGAGUAGAUACAUUGAGGUGUACAAGGCUACUGGAGAAGAAUUCUUAAAAAUUGCCGGAGGUACUUCGAAUGAAGUGGCACAAUUCUUGUCAAAGGAGAACCAAGUUAUAAUACGAAUGCGUGGACUGCCUUUCACAGCCACAGUCGAUGAUGUCCUGGGCUUCUUUGGAAAUGAGUGUCCUGUUACAGGUGGCAAGGAAGGGCUCCUCUUUGUUAAAUACCCUGAUGGGAGACCGACUGGGGAUGCGUUUGUGUUGUUUGCCUGUGAAGAAUUUGCACAAAAUGCACUUAAGAAACACAAGGAGAUAUUAGGGAAGCGUUACAUUGAACUGUUCAGGAGUACUGCAGCAGAAGUACAGCAGGUAUUAAAUAGAUAUAUGUCGACACCACUAAUUUCAACACUCCCAGCUCCUAUCAUCCCAGUGAUACCUCAGCCGUUCAUUGCCACUGGACACACAAGAGACUGUGUACGUUUAAGGGGCCUCCCCUACACAGCAACCAUUGAAGAUAUUUUGGACUUCAUGGGAGAAUUUACAAUUGAUAUAAAACCUCAUGGAGUUCACAUGGUACUAAAUCAACAGGGCCGGCCCUCUGGUGAUGCCUUUAUUCAGAUGAAGUCUGCAGACCGUGCUUUCUUGGUUGCACAGAAAUGUCACAAGAAGACUAUGAAGGACAGAUAUGUGGAAGUGUUUCAGUGUUCUGGAGAUGAAAUGAGCUAUGUUUUAAUGGGUGGCACUUUAAAUCGUAGUGGCUUGUCUCCGCCACCAUGUAAGUUACCAUGCCUGUCCCCACCCACGUACCCGACAUUCUCACCUGGUACUGCUGUAAUACCAGCCGAAGCAGCGCUUUAUCAACCCCAAGCUCUUCUGGCUCCAACGCGGACAGCACCCCCACCGCCUGCAGUUGCCUACUAUCCUGCUCAGGCAACAGCCACUCAGCUUUAUAUGAACUACACAACCUACUAUCCAAGCCCCCCUGUGUCUCCAACAACAGUAGGAUACUUUGCAGCUCCUCAGGCAGCCAUGGCGGCGGCUGCGGCCAAUUCUACAACCCACGCUGUGUUACCGCAGCCCGGAGCACUUGUUCGCAUGCAGGGUCUGCCUUAUAACAUUGCAACAAAAGACAUCCUUAGCUUCUUCCAAGGAUAUCAGUAUGCACCUGAUGACUACAGCGGCCUUAUUCAGAUGAACGAACAAGCAAGGAGUAUGUUUCAGGCACCCAAAGAGUGGGUCUGUUUGUAGAUGACCGUCUUUACAAAUUUCAACAAGCUUCCUGCAGAUGCGAUCUUAGUUCUGUAUAACUUUGCUGGCCAGCCCAGUGGAGAAGCUUUGGUGACUUUCCCAACCAUUGAGAUGGCUACACGAGCAGUGUCAGAAAAGAAUGGGCAACUUAUUGGUCAUGAGUGUGUAAACCUCCGAUUGGUGCAAGACUUGCACAUUGACUCACCAGCCUUCACCCACCCCAUGGGAAAGAGAUGAUCGUUCCUUUAUAAAAAGGAGUGUGGCCUUGUACAGAGCAUGACAAAAAGAGGAAACUGUCGGACACCCCCUUACUGCCAAAGGGUUGUGCACUAACACAAAAGCCAUAAUAGACUGCAAUAUUCUGCAUCAACCUCUUUUUAAACUGCCAACUAGCAUUUCUGAUUUUGACUUUAUACUGAUGUGGAAAUGACUUGCAAAACUUGACAAUGCUAACUGUAGUUAAGUUAUAUAUUUUAUUUAAACCUAGUAGCUUCAGAGCCACAUGUAGACUCGCCAUUCCUAACAUGCAUGCAGUGUUUAUGUUAAACUAUUUGUAUGAUACAAGAAUGCUGCUUAUAGGUAAUGCCUUUAAUGCAUGCAAUAGAAGUUUUUUUGUAUAUGCCUAUAAGCUAUGAGGAUAUUUUUUUUAUUCUUAAAUGGCUAAGUGAUGAACUGUCUGCUGUUGGAGCACUAAAACUUGUUAUCCAUGAUUUAUUUUCCCUGUGCCUUAAUGCAAAGUGCAAUAUCAGCAGAAAAAAGUUUUGAAAAGGCCUCCUGUGAGGCUAAAUGAGUUGUAUGUACUUAGUUCAUAGAGCAAGUUUGAAACUUGCUACAGUAUAAAAUUGUAUGCUUUGUAUAGCCAAACAAUAAAAGUUUAAAGAUGCA